CUGUUUUCGAGAACUUUACAUUUCUCAAAUAAAUCUCCAUGUUUGGCGCAUUCAAGGCAUCCUUUGUAGCCCAGGGUGGUCUUCUUUGGAAGAACCCUUUCCGCAUGUCAACUACGCGUAAGGCAAAUGUUCGCAAGAGAUUGAGAGAUGUUGAUCAGGUCAUUGCCACCGUUGCUGAGUCUGGUGUACGUUGCAAGGCUUUGGAUGAGGCUCUUGCUUUGCCAAAAGAGUGUGAAAUGAGCCCUAGAGACAAAUACACUGUCUUUAGCCGCACUGCUGCUGGUCACCGCAAAUCUCUCCACAAGGUGCCCAAAUUCACCAAGAAGACCGUUCGUACAAGCCCACCUGGUUUCUAAAAAAAAGAGAAAGAACAAGAAGAAGAAAAAGAACAAGAAGAAGAAGAAAAACAAUUCCCUUUGCCUCCUCCUUUCACUUUUUCUUUUUCUUUUAGAAGAAAGAAGAAUGACAAUGCCCCAUGUCGAUAUCUGUAUAUACAUAGAGCAAUACAUUUUAACCGAACUUGCUCCAAUAUUACUACUACCAUUAUGUAUUUAUUUAUUU